CCCUUGUUUUUCCUAUGUUAUGUUAUUACGUUCUUGUGUUCCUUACCAUCCUUAAUCUGUCUCUCCCUACCCUAACAGGCGCCAUACUGAUGAAGGACUUAAGGGGCUGCCACGUGUGGGACUGAUAUUUUCUUGCAUCUUCCCCUCUUGUCUCUAUAACACCUGCCCUCCUUCUACCCUCUGACUGGAAUGCGGACUUGCCAUGUGAAGGACUGAUGCCUUAUUGCAACUUCCAGUAACGUCUCUUGCUUUUUUAUGUGUUUUUGUGGCCCUGUGUUCUUUCUCCUCUAACACAGCCCUUCUCCUUCCCCCCCACAGGAGCCAUUUUGACGGAGGACCAGAGGGACUCGGCCACGGAGCUCGCCUUCAAGUACGCCGUCUACAGGAUCAACAAUGACAAGUUCAUCCUGCCCAACACGACCCUCGUCUUUGAUAUCCAGUACGUGCCGCGGGACGACUCCUUCCACACCGCCAAGAAAGCCUGCAAGCAGAUCACCUUCGGCGUACAGGCAAUGUUCGGGCCGUUUGAUCCCCUGCUAGGCUCCCACAUCCAGUCUAUCACCGACGCCCUGGACAUCCCGCACCUGGAGGCGAGGCUGGACAUCGAGCCCCAGGAGAAGGAAUUUAGCAUCAACCUCUUCCCGUCCCAUACCUACCUCAACCAGGCCUACAAAGACAUGAUCCAGUUUCUCAAGUGGAAAAAAGUAGCCAUCAUCUACGAGGAGGACUUCGGUCUGAUGAAGCUGCAGGAGAUCAUUCGCUCCCCUCCGUCCAAGGCCAUCGAGAUGUACAUUCGCCAGGGACACCCGGACAAUUACCGGGACGUGCUGAAGGAGGUCAAGCACAAGGAGAUAUUUAGCAUCAUUGUGGACACUCUGCCGGGAAACAUGAGGCUCUUUUUGCGAUGUUUGCUGCAGCUUCAGAUGAACGACUACCGUUACCACUACCUCUUCACCACCUUCGACAUCGAGACCUUUGACCUCGAGGACUUCAAGUACAAUUUUGUGAACAUGACGGCCUUCAGGAUCGUGGACACCGCCAACAGGCAGGUCCUCCGCAUCCUGCAGGACAUGGAGAAGUUCCAGCCAAUAGGACACUCCAUCCUCAACAAGACAUCCAUUAUCAAGGCCGAGCCAGCACUCAUCUUCGACAGUGUGAACGUGUUUGCCCGCGGCUUGCAUGCCCUGGAGCGCUCCGCCACCCUUAGCCUCGCCAACCUAUCCUGCGAGAACGAGACGCCUUGGGGGGACGGAUCCUCGCUCUUCAACUACAUCAACGCGGUGGAGUACGAUGGACUGACGGGGCCCAUUAAGUUCACGGAGGGGAAGAGAACCAACUUUAAGCUCGACAUACUCAAGCUAAGGAUGGAGCAGCUUUACAAGGUCGGGGAGUGGACGCCGGACGACAAGAUCAACAUAACAGACCGCCAGGCGUUCUUCGAGGGCGGCAAGCCAAACAUCACACUCAAGAUCAUCACUAUUGAGGAAAAACCGUACGUGAUGGUGCACCCAUCCAAGAACCUGACGGGGAACGCUCGCUUCUACGGGUUCUGCAUUGACCUACUGGACCACGUGGCGGGCAUGGUGGGCUUCAACUACGAGGUGGAACUGGAGAUCCACGGGCGCUACGGCAACUUCAACCAGACGACGGGCGAGUGGGACGGCAUGGUGCGCAUCGUCAUGGAGAAGAAAGCUGACCUGGCAGUGGGAUCUAUGACCAUCAACUACGCGCGCGAGAGUGUCAUUGACUUCACCAAGCCCUUCAUGAACCUCGGCAUCUCCAUCCUGUUCAAGGUGCCCACGCGAGCCCCCACCCAGCUGUUUAGCUUUAUGAACCCGCUGGCGAUAGAAAUCUGGCUGUACAUCCUGGCGGCGUACGUGGUCGUGUCCACCACCAUCUACAUCGUGGCGCGCUUCUCCCCCUACGAGUGGCACGCGCCCAGCCCCUGCCACGACAACAAAGAGAUCAUGCAGAACGACUUCACGCUCAGCAACUCCUUCUGGUUCACCAUCGGCACGCUCAUGCAGCAAGGGUCGGACCUCAACCCCAAGGCGGCGUCGACACGGAUCGUGGGCGGCAUCUGGUGGUUCUUCACGCUUAUCAUCAUUUCGUCCUACACUGCCAACCUCGCCGCCUUCCUCACAGUGGAGAGAAUGAUCACGCCCAUAGAGAGCGCGGAGGACCUGGCGAAGCAGAACGAGAUCGAGUACGGUACGCUUGAAGGCGGCUCCACCAUGGCCUUCUUCAGGGACUCCAAGAUCGAGACGUACCAGAACAUGUGGCGCUACAUGGAGAGCAAGCGACCCUCCGUGUUCGUGUCCACCAUCGAGGAGGGCGUGGACAGGGUGCUGAAGGGAAACUACGCCUUCCUGAUGGAGUCCACUAUGCUCGACUACACCAUCCAGAGGAACUGUAACCUGACCCAAGUGGGCGGCCUCCUGAACUCAAACUCCUACGGGAUAGCCACGCCCAUUGGCUCUCCGUGGCGGGACAAGAUCUCCCUGGCCAUUCUGGAGCUGCAGGAAAAGGGCAUCAUCCAAAUGUUAUACAGCAAGUGGUGGAAGAAUACUGGCGACGUGUGCAACAGAGACGAGAAGAACAAAGACUCCAAGGCAAACGCGCUCGGGGUGGAAAAUAUAGGCGGCGUUUUCGUGGUGCUCAUGUGUGGCCUCGCCCUCGCCAUCGUGGUCGCCAUCUUGGAAUUCUGCUGGAACUCACGAAAGAACGCACAGACUGACCGGGAUUCGGAGUACGACUACGAAGAGGAGGAGGACGAGGACGACGAGGAGCGCAAGCAGAGGCUGGAGGACGGCCUUGAGGGGGAGGAGGACGAGGGUGGGGUGACGCGACGACCACCUCGAGAAACACGACCCCCGCAAUCCCUGUGUUCCGAGAUGGCGGAGGAGCUGCGCUUCGCCAUGCGGUGCCACGGGUCCCGCCAGCGGCCAGCCCUCAAGAGGAACUGCUCGCGCUGUACGCCCGGCACCACCUACGUGCCCGCCGCCACCAACCUUACGCAGGCCAACGGCGAGAAUGGACUCCUGCCCAUGAUCGAGAUGCGCAAGAAUUCGGUGGUUCAGUUUGAGGCGUCGAGUCCCUAGCACCUCGCCACCACCCUCAGGCCGCCGCCCACGCCUGGGGAGAGUAGAGCGCCGCGUCCCCGCCUCACCUGAUCCACACAGUGACACACCAUGAGCAAGAAGCACCAGAUCUCUGCCAGCCACGAGUCACCGCGUCCCGGCACACCAAUAACGUCUUUUGUCUCCCCUCACAGAGUCCCGCAGCCUCCCUCCCCCCGCCCGUCUCUUUCCCUGGUAAAGCCACAUUUCACGCCGUGUCUUCCUCCCUCCCUCGCCUCACCUCUCCACUCGCGUCUGAAGAAGAUUGAGCAACAAGUGGAGAAAUUUUCCUACGAAACAAACUUUGCGAAACUCAGAGAGAGAGAGAAAGGACGAUCCGUCACGGAGAGUGUCAAGAACCAGGGAGGAACACGGCGACGAGGAGGUGGAGAAGAGGGAAAAAACAGAAUUAAGGGCAAGGACAAGGAAGAAGACUUAGAGAAGAGACCAAGAAAGACAGACAAAAACAGGCGCAAAAACAGUGGGGACAUUUCCUGAAGCCUGGAGGGACGAAAAAUAUAUUUAAGUAAAAACCAACACGACAUCGCGAGGGAGGCACCGCGGAGGGCAGCGCGGGAAGGAAAUUGAAAACAAACAAGGCGAGUGGCAACUGACGCACUUGAAAAACUGAAACAAAGCAACUUCAUUUUCAGUAAACAAAAGCAACACGAAAAUAAAAGGUACCGCAAAAGUAACUCGUGCAAAACAGAGGCCGCGUGAGUGAGUCUUUCCGGACACUUGACUGGAAAUGCGAGGCUGACUCACCGCAGCUGGUAGUCGUGGCCGACGGGGCGGCGGCUGUGUGUCGCGUCUCGUCGUUACAUACGAGUACACACAGAACAAUGGUGCGUGGGAUGCCUUCACGUAACGGAAUAAAACACUGGGAACGCCAAACAGUGCUUCACGAUGCGCGACAUUAAAUGGAAAAAAGAAAAAAAGGCAUUGACACAAAUCAUGCAAACUUGAAAAGACAUGUUGACCUGCAAACAUUGUGGCUGCCAUAAAGUUGCGGCUGCCAGCGGGACACCUCAGCCGCAACGUGACAGCUUCCUGCGCCGCCACGACCCUCCCACGGGAGCCACAGUGCCUCCAACACAUCAGACUCGUCCCCUGCCUCGCCCUGGGUCACGAGGCGGGCGGCGGUGCUCCAGAGAAAGGGACGCUCGUGGAGAAACCGAGUGUCUGACGGAGUGUCUGACGGAGGGUCCUCGUUUCAUGCGACUCUGCCACGGGAUGUUACGUAUGAUGUUACGUACGAGUAUAUACACACAUCGCCUUGACUAUACGAGCCUUCAUGCACUUUGUAUCGGACUUUCGGCCAUUUUUUCGUUUUGUGGUGAGGCGAGACAGUGUUGUGAAGUGACCUGCGUGUUGUUGUUGUGAGUUGUGUGUCUGGUUGUGGCUGGGAACAGAGGCCACUUCCAAGCAAAGGUUGUAUGUUUAUCAAGACACUUACUGUUGCAUUUUUGUCUUAAGUAAGACAAUUGGUUUGGGUUUAGUAUUUGUUGUUAUCUCCCUUGGUGAUGGUGAUGGUGGUGGUGGUGAUGGUGGUGAGUGUGGUGAUGCGUCGAGUGUGAAUCUUGUUCUUCCUCUUAUUGAUAUGAACUGUACCUAACUAAGUGUUUGAGGUCGAUUUUCUCAUGUGCGAGUACCUAAAGGAAAAACGGACGGACGGACACACACACACACACACACACACACACACACACACACACACACACACACACACACACACACACACACACACACACACACACACACACACGAACAACCGCUCGCUCGCUACACAGAAAAAACAGAAAAAAAUUCAUGAAAUAAUGACGAAAGUAAAACUGGGAGAGAAAAUACUCGCGUGUGUCAUGAGGAAAAAAGACAAAGGGAAAGAAAGUCGUACCGGUUGUCGUACACUGGAAACACUUUCCUUCCCAGUAUUUGACAGUAGGUUACCUGGAAGAGACUAGUCCUCCUCCUCCUCCUCCUCCUCCUCCUCCUCCUCCUCCUCCUCCUCCUCCUCCUCCUCCUCUUCCAACGUAUUAUACCACCCAGGAAGAGUUGAAAGAUGGUGUUUGAAUCUUUUUCCCCUCUCUCUUUCUCCCACUCCCUUCCUCUCUCUCUCUCUCUCUCUCUCUCUCUCUCUCUCUCUCUCUCUCUCUCUCUCUCUCUCUCUCUCUCUCUCUCUCUCUCUCUGAAGGCUUACCAAAGGAGGUCAUCAGUCCCCACCUUAAGCUAUCGACUCCAAAAACUAACAUUAAACUUGAUUAAUUAUAUCCCGGGAGUCUAUCGGAGGCGCCUCGUUCAUUACCGCGGCGGGGGCGUCACUAAUGCCACGGCCGCGGGAACAAAGGACGCCCAGUGUAUCUAAAGAGCCAAGCUUGUCCUCUUCUUGUGUGUUUGAUUGUAAUUACCGUUGCUGAGAGAGAGAGAGAGAGAGAGAGAGAGAGAGAGAGAGAGAGAGAGAGAGACUGGACUGGAGGAGAACUAACUGGUCAUCUCUCGCACGUCUUUAUCAUACAAGUGCGAUACGACCCCAGUGUUGUGGUGCUAUUAAUUCAAGCAGUCUAUCAAUUUAUUAUCUUUGCUGGUGCGGCGCCUAUAUUAAAGAACACAAAGGAGCUGAAAAAAAAAAUUAACCUCCAAUCCUCAAUUUUCAGUAUCCAAGUUAACAGGUUUUUACACAACUGAGUAUGUAGUCCUUUCUUAACUAUUGAAACUGGCACCGGCAUAAUGUAUGUUGCCCUAAACAAUAGCCCAUGUCAAAAAAAAAAAAAAAAAAAGAAGAAGAAGAAGAGUCGACUACAGCGAUGGAAGAGUUGAAAGCGAAAGGUUACGAAGAGAUUGAGAGUAACACACACACUUACUAACACUGACACAAGAGCGUAAGCAAGUCAGGUACGGCGCGAAGGAAGGAAAGAAGGAAAGCACGCAUAUACAUCACCUUCACCAAGAAACCGAGACUCGUAAAUUGCCGGCACAAAGACACAACACCAGCGCGCCAUAAUUAUGCACCUAAUUAUCAGUGUUUGGACGUGUUGGAGGCACCGAGAUGGAGGAAGUUGGCCAGUCUGUCUCUACGAGGGAGGGAAGGAGGAAGGUAGGAGUAAUGGAGGUAAGGAAGGAGUGAGUGAAGAUUAUAACUUCCUCACGUCUUCCUUGCUCUUGGGGAUGCGGUAGAGGAGGAAGAAAAGGAGGAAUAAAAAAGGAGGAGAAAGAAUAGGAGGAAGAAGAGAAGCAAGAAGAGAAUCAAGUGAAAUAGGAGAAGAAAUAAGCGAAUCGACUCCCACACUUUCCUAACACUGAAAAAGGAAGAGGAAGAAAAGGAGGAAGAAGUACUAGAACAGAAAAACCGUGAUUCCUCUGUGGCCCUUUGCCCCUAAGAUUGACAAGAGCAUAGGAGAGUAUGAAAGAGCGUGUGAGUGUGUGGGGGAGAGUGGGAGAGCAUAAGAAGGUGUGGGAGGGGGUAUAAGAGCGUGGGAAGACGUGGGAGGGGGUAGGAGAGUGUGAGAGGGCGUGGGAGAGUUUGAGAAGACGUGGGAGGGCGUGGGAGAGUUGAGAGGACGUGGGAAGGCGCGUGUGGGAUUGACGGAUCAAGGAGCGACUUAAAGUAAUCUUAGUGUCUUGGAGAUGAAAAUUAAAGAGAGUCCUUAGUAGAGUUAUGAGUCACCAGCGAGUACAUGAAGCUCAGCGAGACGUGAGUAGCUUGUCGGGCCGCGGGUCACUGAGAGUCACGGAUGAGUCAGGUGUAAGAUAUGACGAGUCAGUCAAAACAAACAAACCACAGCAACUAAUCAAACAAUUACUGCGAUAAAUUAAAUGCAAUACCUGAAAGAAGAAGAAGGAGGAGAAGAAGAAGAAGGACCGCGAGGUUCAUAAAUUGUUCGUUUAGUAUUAAGACAAAAAAAAAAAAAAGUAAAGUAGUUACCUGUAAAAUUGUAUAUAAUGUGAAAAAUAAUCAUACGAAUCCUGCCUCCCUUUUUUCGCACCUCCGAUCAAUAGCUAUUGAGAAUAAUUAAAAAGAUGGAAAGAAAAAAAAAACAAAAAAAA